UUGGAGCCCUGCACCGUUGAACUUGUCUUAAAUUUUUAAAAUUUUUUUAGGAGUAGUAUUUUUGUUUUUUAAUUAUUAGUAUUAGAAAUAUGAAUAAAAUAGGAAUAAAGUGGGGGAAAAAUACAUAAAAACAAAGGAACCUCUUGGUUCAUGCUCCUUUCGACGACAGCCUCUUUUCUCUUUCCAUUGUUUUGUUUAGAUUCAGAUCAUCGUCCCUUUUCUCAACACCCCUUCCCCUUUCUUCUUACCUGCCCGAGAAAUCCACGUCAAAUCACCAUUGUCUUAUCCUAUAAUCUCCCCUUCUCCUUAAUCUCAACCCCUUUUCUCCUUCCUUUCAGAUCAACACAUUCCCAUCUCGCUGUUGCUCUCUCUCUUAUGCACCUAUAUCUCUUAGCUUUCAUUCCCGUUUCCCAUCGACCUCUCUGUUUGUAAUCCUUCUUCUUAUUAGUAUUUCUGUCAUGGGUUUAAUGCAGGUUUUUAUGAAGAUGUGUACGUAAAAUUCCUUCGCUUUUUUCUUGUCAUUGACAUGCAGUGAGAGGAUACGUGCGAGGGGGUUGAGAUUGGGAGAGAGAGGGCGAAGGCAAACAGGAAAAAAGAAAAAAUAAAAGAAAGAGAGAUGGCGAAUCAGGUGGUGAAAGUGAAGAGAGAAGCGAUUGCGGCAUGCAUGACUUGUCCUCUUUGCAAUAACCUUCUAAGAGAUGCCACCACCAUAUCUGAAUGUCUUCACACGUUUUGCAGAAAGUGCAUAUAUGAUAAGAUACAAGAGGAAGAACUAGAAUGCUGUCCAAUAUGCAACACUGAUUUGGGUUGUGUCCCUCUGGAGAAAUUAAGGCCAGACCAUAAUUUGCAAGAUGUGAGGGCGAAAAUCUUCCCUCUUAAAAGAAGAAAAGUGAAGGCACCUGAAAUUGUGCCCCAAAUUACAGUGCCAACUAGAAGAAAGGAGAGAUCACUCUCUUCGUUGGUGGUUAAUGCCCCCAAAGUAUCAACACAAACUACCAUGACUGGAAGGAGAACAAAAGCUAUUGCCAGAAAGUCUGGUGCUUUACGAGGUUCCAGUUUUUCGAUAGAGAAGCCUGUAAAAAGAGAGGAAGACUCUAUGGAGGAUCACCAGGAGAGCGCAAGCUCACCUGAAACACUAAAUAAAUUCACUCAGAAUAAAAGACAGUGUACUUCUUCUGCUGAACCUAGCCAACAUAUGAAUAAAGAAGCAGAGAACGGUGGUGAAUCAUGGGAUGGAAAAUUGGAUCUCUGGAAACCUCUGAAUUGUUUGGUGGAGGUUGCAAAUCGGACCAAGACUUUCAAAUCUAAUUCACAAGGCUCUGAUUCUAAAUUAGAACCUACCCGUGUUGCCAGCAGUGAAGCUCAAAUGAGCAAAACCAAACAUAGGGAAGACAAAUGCAAAACAAAGGUUGAGGAUGAAAAGAAUAGUGCUGGUCCUGCCACUUCAGAUGCUGUAAAUCCUAAAAAGUUACGCAGGACCCGUCGGAAAAGGGCUUCUGGAUUUGGGGAUUCUGGCAUUUCUCCACAAGCUGUGCUAGAUGCUGCUGGUACAGAGCAUGACAGAAGAGUUGGUCCUGUUUGGUUCACAUUAGUGGCCUCUGAGGACCAGGACGGAGAGGCGUCCCUCCCUCAAAUUCCUGCAAAUUACUUAAGGAUAAAGGAUGGAAAUAUACCUGUUUCUUUUAUCCAAAAAUACCUUAUGAAGAAACUGGAUCUCACUGAUGAAGCUGAGGUUGCGAUCAAAUUUAUGGGACAACCAGUGGUUCCCACGUUGCACUUGUAUAAUUUAGUCGAUUUGUGGCUACAAACAGCAUCAACAUCACAGCGAGUACCUGCAUCUGUUGGUUCCUCUGCAAAAGAUUUUGUCAUGGUGUUAGGAGCGGUGUAUGCGGCUAAGUAAUGGGAUCAGCUAUCCUGACAGCAUACUAUGCAAUUGUGACUGACGUGGUUAAUAACUGCAUGUCAUUGAACUUGCCAGCCUCAGAUUGUAUUAUCAAUUUACAUUCACAAAUGGUAGGAUUUUUUUUCAUUGUUGUCAGUUAGUUUGAUGUAAAAUUUUCUCAUGUUUCCACCCGAAUAGAACCCUUACCCUUUGCUCUCAAUGACCAACUGCCUCAGCAGUAUGCUUUGCUAUACAAGUGUUGUUACCAUGUCCAAUUUCCUACUUGGAGAAUGUUUCUGAUUAGAUUGUGCCCACCUCGGUCUCAAAGACUAACAUAUGUUAGUGAGACAAACCACGAUUCUUUGGACUGGGACUGGGACUAAGAACUCAAAAAGGCCCCAUGCGUGCAGAUGCAGAGCGCAAUGGUAUUGGAAUCAAAACCAUACAUCUGUAGGGCAUGACAUUUCACAUUCCAGCUCCAAAUUUACAAGAAGAAGAACAGCAACUUCAGGGCUCCUUAGACCCAUAUGAUAUAAAGCAAGAAAAGGAAACACCAAAUGGGAAGGACGAAGGGGAAAGGCCAUCCACCCAUGUGGAUGGGCAGCUGGAACUAAUCAUGGCACUGCCCAUUGACAAGGAUCAUUCUUGUUUUACGGUUUAUUUCAAUUCCAAUACACUUCCCUUCCCUCACAUGCAAUACAACACCUAUUCUAACAGAAAAAGCUAGCUACUCAUGAUUCAUUCAAGCUUUUACUUCAUACAUCACAUGUCUAUGACUCUGGGUGUUGUUCAAAUUACAAUCUCCACCCCCUUCAAGUAUUGGCUUCAAUACACUCUCCAUAUAUCAUUCUUCUCCACGU